CCGAGGAGUCUGUUUUUUAAGGGAAAACAGUAAGAAACCAUCUUAGGGAUGGGAAUGGGAAAGCUUCUCCUCUGCCAGCAGCAUUAACAACACACACAUCCUGGAGACUGGCUGUAAGCUCGUGUGAACGCUGCGUGGGUCAGGGCUGCAGCCACACUCAGGCCGCUCUCAGGGGCAGAGGAAGAUGACCUCCGCUCAGAACCCAAGGGGCUUUGCUAUCUGGUCGCACGGUGCCGGAGCUCUGGGCUGUAACCCUCUGGGCUGUGCAGGAGCCGCCCCACGGCCUGCUUUGCCGACCGCUGCCCCUAUUUACCCUGCAAGUCCAGCAAGCCACAAGCCCUCCUGCCGCGGUGACAUCGGCUCAGCAGAGCCGGUGACGGCACCAGGGAGGAAUUUUCUGGUGCAAGUUGUGAGCUCAGACAAAGAGGCUGCUUAAUUUUCUCUUUGUGCAACCAAAUCCUCGGGGCUCGUGCACGUCCGUGCGCUUCCUGCGCUGUGCAAAGGAGCGUGCGUGGUGCUGGCGGAGCGUGUUGCAUCUUGCUCGGCGUGCUGAGACGACAGACAUCUGCCACAAGCGAAAAUCGGUUUCUACUUAAUUACGUGGUUUGUUAAUUGUUCUCCAGAUUGCUCGUCUUUCUUCGCUGCCUCAGUUUCUCGCUGGCGUCGCAGGCGGAGGGUGCGAGGCACGGCAGCAGCCGGUCCGUGUGCCGGCUUUCCCCGGGCUCCGCACCUCGCGGCUCCGGGGGCAGCUGAGCCCCCGCUCCCCUCCCUUUAACAACGACUGCGGUCCGGCAGAGGAGCGUGGUCGGCCCGGGAAGCGCUUGCGGCCGCAGAGAGCCGUGCCUGUGUCCCAGGCUGGCAUUACAGCGGCGGUCCUGGUGCCCGGGCUGCCGGCAGCUCUCCGCACACCGGGCUGUCCUCCCGUGCCCCGGGGCGCGGUGAAGGACUCGGGGCGCGCUUGCCCGUAACCCCUUGUUUCCCCGCGCCCCUUCUACUUUUAAACAACCAUUUCCACGGGUGGGGGCGGCUCCGGCACGGUCCUGCUGCCAGCCACUCCGGCAUCGCAGCCGCCCUGAGCGGCCCGCACCGCUCUCUGCUCCCGUUCCCCGCUCCGAGUCGCUGCCCUUCCCCCUUUUUUUCUUUAUUUUUUCCUCCCAGGAGUAGCAGCGAAAUGCCCCGUCUUGCCCGCGUAGAGCUAGGAACGAACCUCUCCCCCGCCUUACCUCGCCCGUCACAUCCCAUAUAUAGGCAUAUCCACGGUCAAAAGGCGGGCGGCAGCGAAUGGGAGAGCCGAGCCGCCGAAAAAAGCCGAGGGCGAGCGAAGCGAGGGAAAGGGGUAGGGACAAACGGAGGAGGGAGGGGAAAAAAAAAAAAAAAAAAAAAAAGCCCUUUCCAAAAAAGUAUUGGAUGUCCUGAGGAAUGCAGUCAGCCCCCUGGGAAAGGCCAUAUCAGUGAGGCGCUCCCCGCCCGCCGCCCGCACUCCGCCGGCGCCCGUCCCGCACUCGUUGGCCCCAGCGCUCCCCGGGGCCGCGGCUCGGAUUCGUAUCGGGGCUCUCCCGCCGCUUUCCCUGCUCUGAUUUCGGCUGUACUUCGCGCGGGACGCGCCCUAACCCACCGCCGCCAUGGAUGCCAUCAAGAAAAAGAUGCAGAUGCUGAAACUGGACAAGGAGAAUGCCUUGGACAGAGCCGAGCAAGCCGAAGCGGACAAGAAGGCAGCGGAGGAGAGGAGCAAGCAGUUAGAGGAUGACAUUGUGCAAUUGGAAAAGCAAUUGCGCGUGACGGAGGAUUCGAGGGACCAAGUGCUGGAAGAGCUGCACAAGUCUGAGGACAGCCUCCUCUCCGCAGAGGAGAAUGCUGCCAAGGCUGAGAGUGAAGUAGCUUCCCUGAACAGACGCAUCCAACUGGUUGAGGAAGAGUUGGAUCGGGCUCAGGAGCGCUUGGCUACUGCCCUGCAGAAGCUGGAAGAGGCUGAGAAGGCUGCAGAUGAGAGUGAAAGAGGAAUGAAGGUCAUUGAAAAUAGAGCCCAGAAGGAUGAAGAGAAGAUGGAAAUCCAAGAGAUCCAGCUUAAAGAAGCUAAGCACAUUGCUGAAGAGGCCGACCGCAAGUAUGAAGAGGUGGCUCGUAAGCUUGUGAUCAUUGAGGGUGACCUGGAGCGGGCUGAGGAACGUGCUGAACUAUCAGAAAGCAAAUGUGCUGAGCUUGAAGAGGAGUUGAAAACUGUGACCAACAACCUGAAGUCGCUGGAGGCUCAGGCUGAGAAGUACUCGCAGAAAGAAGACAAAUAUGAAGAGGAGAUUAAAGUUCUAACUGACAAACUGAAGGAGGCUGAGACCCGUGCUGAAUUUGCUGAGAGGUCAGUAACCAAGCUGGAGAAGAGCAUUGAUGAUCUAGAAGAUGAGCUUUAUGCUCAGAAACUGAAGUACAAAGCCAUCAGCGAGGAGCUGGACCAUGCUCUCAACGAUAUGACUUCCAUGUAAAUGUCUUUCCAGCCUGUGCCUGCUUCCCUGCCUCAUUGACUGUGUGGUUCUGGCUUUGUGAAAUUAUACUCCCUUGUAGUGGGAGCUGCAUUACUUUAGUGAGAUUAGAUGUACAAAAUACCAUGAACCAUGUAUUUACUGUGGCUGAUUGUGGGUGUGUGUCGUGCCAAGCCUGGUAAAUACUCAUGGUGAUUUUGUAAGCUAAUCGAUGAGCUCAUGUGUGUUUUAUCAGUGUGCAUCAGUGAUCCUUAUAUCCUCUGGUUGCCAUUUGUUUGUAGCUCUGCAUUUAUCCUUCUGGUUGACCUCUGUUCAAGUAUUUUUUUACCAUCAUUUUGAAUUUGCCGGUAGUUAUUAUCUCAGCACAUGCUGCAUUCAGAGGGUGUUCUUCUCCCUUCACAGUUUUAUUCUGCCAAAGCUCUUACAAAAGUUUCAGAGGGACUUAGAAUUAGCUCUGUUAAUAAUAGUAGAUUACGUUGAUCUUAAAUUUCCUGAACUGCUUGAAUUGAAUUCCAGUGCAGUUGAAUUUUCAACUGCUACCACUAAAUUACAAGAGUGGAAGGCAAAGACAUUUUGUGAUUUAGACCCAGGAAGGUGACAAGUGAAGUGCUGGUUGUUCACAUGUACCUUGUGGAGGGCAAUAGGAAUUAAUUAGUAAAUCCCAGAGGUGUGGUAAUACCAGCUUUAGCUAGGAGAGAGAGAGGGUUUGGGGUGGGGAAAAAAAACCAGAAAGUGGUCAUUUGUAAGGAGUGUGAGUAAUCCACGUGGUGUUUGAUAUAUACCAUCUUUUCCCACACUGACAUAAAACUCUGAACAGCGGUCAGCUAUGCUAAAUCCCUCUUCCCAUGCUCAUCCCUUUCAUUUGCAUGAACCCCUGGCAUGGGAAAGAAGAGAUGUGGCUUUCUCAAGUGCCUGUGAGGUGUGACGUUCAGUUCCAGUGUUUCUUUUGGAAGCUGGCACUUUCAGCAGUACUGCAGCUUUGCUCAGAGCUAAAAAUGUGUUUUGCAUGCAUCCAUAUUUUAACUAUUUUUUCCUUUUUUUUUCCUUUUUAAUCCCUACAUUUCUUCAUUACUCCCCUCCCACUCUUCAGCAACUUUUUAUGCACCAACACAUCUGCAUUUGCUCAAUAGCUUUUUGAACAAAUGGGUUUUUUUUCCUUCCUUUGUAACAGAGGUUACAACUUGUUUUUGGUGGUUUUGUUUUGUUUUGUUUUUCAUUUGGGAUAUUUGCAGAUGGAAAACAGGCUUUAAAACAUAGUCCUCCUCUGGUACAUGAGGAAAUUGCUAUAGCAUUCCAAUCCCAGCAUGGUGUGGCAUUUCACUAGUAGUCAUCCUGGCAUGCUGGAUUCUGCUGUGCUGUUAUUGCUUUUUUUUGGACUUCUUACUGCACUUUUUUUUAUUUCCUACCUUAUCUCACUUUUUCUUUUUGUGCAGAUAAUUUUCUUUGCUUCACUUCUCCAAAGACAUCUUCAUCGGGUUGGAUAAAACAUCUUUCCAAGCUUUUGGAUGUUUCAUGGUUCACUGUCCUGUCUUCUAGCUUACUUGGCUCUAUCUUUCUAGCACCUGUUUCAGAAUAUGCUCUUUGUGCUCUAUUGUACAGAAACUCUACAUCUCUAAAUGUAAAAUAAACAUCCCAGCUGUAUUCCUUUGGCUAUCCCCUUGCCUUUUAUUUAUUCAAAUAGCUAUUUUAGUUAUUAAUAAAAAAAUAAAAAGUUGUGUGGGUUUUUUUUGGCCAUCAGAGAUUUCAUUUUUGUUCAUGUUUCACUUUUUUUUUCCCCACAAAUGCUUUUGCCUUAAUGUUGACAAUAUAAAGGCAGUGCUAGCUGUCUGUGGGGUGAGAAUGCCCAUUCUUGGUAUUUGGGGUUAAUGCUGACCCGUUGUGCUCUCUCCCUUUCUCAAACGAUGAUGCAGUUAAAAUGACAAAUAUAGUGGGAAUUUUUUCAGUUGUUAUUGUUGGGCCAACAUCUGCAGAGACACUGCUGCCGUGGGGUCACUUGGUCGUGGGAGCAUGUCUCAGAGAGCACAUAAGCCCUUGACUUUUCUCUUUACGUUUUCUCCUAGCUUGAUGAUUCAGAUUUUCUGCUUUUGUGUAAAUGUAUUUGUUCAGUAAGUUAAAUCAAAGAUUUAAAGGGGCAAUAUCAAAAGCAUCAGAAUGCUCUGCAAAAAGAAGUGUUCCCUCUUUCACACCUUGAUUCCUCUGCAAAGAUUUCGCUUGCUUGCUUUUUUUUUUUCGUUAUGCUUCUCUUGUGUGAAAGGGUGUGAUCUAAAGUUGAGCAGAGACUUCUGUAGCUUCCCACUCUUGUGCUUAGCUUAGAUUUAUGAGCUUAGACUUCUCAUUUAUGAAAAAUGUUUCAGAAUUGGAGUAGGAAACUUUUCAUGAUUAAUGUAAUAAUUGGAUGGAUCUCUGCAGUGUCAAACGCUGAUUUCAGAUUUGAAAGCUCAGACAUUUGAUCACUCAUCACUUAUCAGCUCAGCCAGUGUAUGUUACACUACAGCAAGCACAGCCUCUGAUUCUGUAGUUUGUUUUACCAUGUCCGUAGUGGUUUUUUUCCUCAACUCCUUGUAAUCCUCCUAAGAAGUAAGCAAAGUAAAAUCCAGGGUAGAAGCCUAGUAAUAAUAAAAAAGGUGGAAAGUUCAUGAUUGUUCUUAAUACUUAAUUUAAAUCUUCCCACCAAACGUACACAAUCAGCUGUCUUCAUUGUGGGAGUGAUGGAUUGCUGGACAGAGUAUUAGAAACAGGCAAUACAGUGCAUUUAUCCAGAUAGCUGCACACACAAUUCACAACAGGCCCAUCUGCACUGGAUGUUGACUGUUCUGGUUUUUCAGUGUUUCAGCACCCUGUCACCAUUGGAGCUGACAUGUGCAUUACUUCAUACAUCCUGCGAGGGCUGGCUGUGUGUAGCAAGUAGUGUGUGAGUCUUGCUGACACAAGUGCAGGGUUGGCUCUGGCACUUCGUUUGCCUGACUGCAUGGUGUACAGGGAUAGUUCUGCUGAGACUGAGCUCCAGGGGAUCUAUGCCAGUUGUCAAACACCCCACUCUGCCUGAGGUGGCUCCAUGCAGAGACCUUUGGCUCUUCCUCCAAGUAAGGUAGUUGUGGCCUGGCCACAGGUGUGUGAGUAGUCAAGAGCUUACAGUACACUCAGAAAAUGCUUCCCACACUUGAUCUGAGAUUUUUAGUCUCAUUUUGGAUGUUGAGAAAUACUGGAAGUCUCUGCCUCACAUCAAGAGAGUAAUUCUCUGUGAUGAAGGUAAGCAUUAAGUUCGUGAUUGAAAUUCUGUUGUCAUGUUUAAAUAACAACUAAAUACAUUGUGCCAAACAAAAUGGCGUGUAAGUUACUUAUGAGGUCUUUGCUUUUUUUUACAUGUAUGUCUUAGUGUCUAAUGUUAUCCUCAUAAGAGAGACAGAAAUCCAGGUGUCCAAGAAUAGGAAUGUGAACCGUGCCCUGCUCCCACUGAGCUGGCUGUGGGGAGAACUGAGAUGUUGUCACUGGGUGCAGGCAGGCUCUGCAGAGCAGCUCACUGUGCAUGCUGUGCUGUAGCUGUGAGCUGCUGUGACCAGACUCUGGGGAAGAGGAUUUCUGUGAAAGCUGCUAGGCAGCUUGUGGAAAAGAACCAGUUAUUUCCUGUAGCAGAAUAAUCUAGGAUCAAGAAGUUAGAAGUUUGAAUCUAAACUGUUGACAUUGAUACAGAUAAUUUGAGGAAAAAUAGUCAGAACUUAUCACAAAGCUUGCUUUCAUUCUGCAGAAUGCUAACUAAAAUUCACUGUCACAACAUUACUGUGGGUGUUCUUUCUGUCUAUAAAAGUGAACCAUCCUGUUCAUUUUCACUGAGUGUUUUGGAGUUGAUUUUUUAUGAGGUACCACUUGACAGUUUAAAGAUACUGAAGUGUGUUUAUACCAAUAAUAACUGUAUGUUUUGCUACCAGAAGUAACAUUUCAGUUGUUAAAUUCCACAGUAGAAGUAUAAUGAGAACGAAACCUAAGGGCAGUUCAUGCUAUCAGCAUCUCUCCUGCCAUUAGUUAGAUUGGUUAUAGUUGCUUUCUGCCAGCUGUCAGAUGAGGUUCCACCACAUAUUGAAUUAUUCACAAAGAAAAUUGGCACUCAUAAAACCAAUCUGCCAUGCAUUGUAGAAAUUAAAGGAGGACAUGGUUCUUCUAGGAAUGUAGCCGUAGCUCUUCUAUUCACACUUGCUUGUUGCACAGCUGUUCUCUAUAGAGGAGAGGUAGCCAGCCCAUUGCCAGCUGCAAUAGCCAUUCCUUGGAGUGGCUAUUUAAUUACUAGGAUUCUAGAAACAAAGGUAAAAUGUUUCUGUUACUGAUCUGUCUGUGGUGUGACCGGUUUCUUUAUUAACUUAUCUGUUUUCUCUGUCUAAUCUGUCUUCAUUCUGCCUCUUUUUUCCUUCUAACCUGCUUGCUGCCUGUACAGACCAACUCUACCAGCAACUUGAGCAAAACAGUCGCCUAACUAAUGAACUAAAGCUGGCAUUGAAUGAGGAUUAAACUGUAGUGUGACUAUGUUGUUAACUUACUUUAAAACUGCUUCUUCCGAAAGUUCCUUGAGAAUGAAUCAGUAAACGUAGAAAUGAGCAAGAAACAUAGAAACUGACUUUUCAGGCCGUUGAUUACAUGGUAUAUUAAUGGAUUAAAUUCUAAUUUUGUUUUGGAAAAAUACACUGUUCCUUCUGAUGAGGCUUUUGUUUAUUUGUAUGCACACCUACCUUAGAGGAGCAGUUUGCUCUUAAUGUGACUGGGCAGUAAUAACUUAUUUCUACUUCAGUAAAAGCUCAGAGGACUUAACGAGCAGUAUUAAAAAAAUAAGAGCCUUUCUUGUGCAGAGACCCACCUUUUUGUUGGUGUCAGAAUUGUCCCUGAGAGCUUUACUGGAAAGUGGGUGAGAGGAAAGUGUUCAGGAUUCCAAUUCCAAAAACAACACAAAAUUUAGUUACAGCUGUUUUGCUAUCUGGACACUUCAGUGCAUUAAUUUUGGAUUACUAUGGAUUGGGUAAAAACAAAAGCCAUUGAUCAAAAGAGUGGAAAAAAACCAAAACACAAAAAACACCAAAAAAACAUGCUAGGAAUGUGAGCUCCACCUGAAAAUACCUGGUCAGUUGUUUAAAGGUAUGCCUGCAUUAGUGUGAAGUCACUGUUACUGGAUUCUGGUAGGAUGCAGUUCUAUAGCAUUGUGCUUAUUUAUUGUAUCAUGUAAGUGUGUUGAAUGAUAGUCCUAUAAAAAUGUGCAUGCAACAUAAAGCUACUAACUUCUUUUAUUUUUUUAAGCUGUAGAAGAAAUACAUUUAUUAAAAAUCACUUGACUCGAAGAUUGGUUUUAAUUUCUUGUUUGUUCUUUCGAAGUUCUGAAUUACAUUGAAUUUAAAGUAUGGAUCUCCAAAGAACCUAAUUAUUUUCUUCUUGCCCUACUUAGAAACAAAGCAAAAGCCUAAAAACAAACAAAACCCCACCUCCAUUCCUUGUCCUGCAUUCUUGCAUCAAAGAGCUUCCAGAACAUACAAGAAUCUCAUCUGUUUGCAGUGCAUUUUCUUAACAGACGCACCUGCAAACAGUUCUGAAGUUGUAUUGCUUGCUGUUUGUUUUCUUAAUUUGAAAUUCUUUCUAGAUGUAUUCUCUGAGGGUAUCAGUAUUUAUGAUCAUGCAUAUUUCUCACCUUCUGAGCCUUUAAUUAGAAAUGAUCACUGCAUGCCUUCAUGUUCUGAGAAUCAGUGCCUCUGAAGAACUGCUAUUCAUGUUUUGAUUUUCUGAUCCCA